CGAUUGGGUUGGACCACCUCGGAAUAUCCGGUGUAUAAGCAUCUCAUGCUUACAAUUGUUGAUAAAUUGCCCAUUCGAUUAACUCUUCAUUCAUGAUAUUAUCCAAGUAUUUCUGAUUGUAUCAAAAACACACCCAGAAUGAAUUCAUUAUCUUCCUUUCGAAGAUGCGUUCUCAGCCGAUCCGCUCGGUCAACAUCACCAUUGAUGCUCGACUUUCUCGCUCCAUCAAUUUUGCGCCAAAGUCGACGCCGGCACAGCUCUACAGCAGCAUCUAGUCCUUCGGAUGGUGCGCCAGAGUCCUCCCAGGAUUCCGGCGCUGGAUCCUCGAAACCCACGUACAUUUUGAGCAAGAAACAACGAGAGUACCUGGACAGCGCACUCCGAGUCAACCAAGCCGGCGAACUUGCCGCAACGCUCAUCUAUACUGCGCAAACACCCCAGGUCGUGCGCUCGCAUCCCCACCUCCGACCGCUCAUGAAGCACAUGUAUGACCAAGAAGCCGGACACUUCUCGACAUUCAACAAACUUAUUGCAAAGCACCGGAUUCGCCCGACGGCCAUGUAUCCGAUUUGGGAAGUAGCAGCGACUUUCUUGGGAUGGUCGACGGGAGUCAUGGGCCGGGAGGCAGCCAUGGCUUGUACUGAGGCAGUGGAGACGGAGAUUGGGUCUCAUUAUAACGACCAAGUGCGGGAGAUUCUGUCAUGGGAGGCAGACGCGAGGAGCCGGGGAGAGGAGCUCGAUGAUGAACUAAAGGAGAUGCUGGCGACGUUCCGCCGGAUUCGUGAUGAGGAGCUAGAGCAUUUGGACCAUGCCGUUGAGAACGAUGCCAAGGAGGCGCAGCCUUAUGAUCCGUUGGUCAAUGUGAUCCGCUUCGGGUGUAGAGCCGCCAUCAAGAUCAGUGAACGGGUAUGAAGAGAUGGCUAGCCACUUGUAUGGCCAUUGUUGCUUGAGACCGUCUCCUUCGGCCAAUUGUGCAAUAUUACUGUGAAGUGUACUAUACUAUCUGAGAAAACGGAACCAUUGAUGAAGCCUCGGUGCAGCCAGUACGGCUUUGAACUCCUUCAAGUCGUAUAUUGAUCGAUCAUAUCUAUAAGUUAUCGGGUAUCACUCAACAUGCAAGAACGC